AUGUCAUCGUCGUCCGUAUCUAAUGGAAUUCUCAAAUUUGCUACACAAUACUCGCUUUAUACUGGCUGUAUUACAUUCGGUUUUGGAAUUAUUGGUAAUGUUUUAAAUCUUCUCGUUUUUACUCAAUUGAAAUUAUUUCGAACUAAUCGAUGUGUCUUCUAUAUAACUAUUGAAUCAAUUUCCAACUUAUUUUAUCAAUUUUUCUCUAUGAGCCUAACUAUGUUAAUAUCAAUAUAUGGAGAUGAUGCAACAGGGCGUUCUUCAAUUUGGUGUAAAUUCAAAUCUAUAUUAGGACAAAUAACUGCGCUCAUUACUUUUUACAUGAUAUGUUUUUCUGCUGUUGAUCAAUUCUUUUCAACAAAUCAUCGUUUUUAUUUAAGACAAAUGUGUACAUUGAAAUUAGGUCGAUAUUUUACGUUUAUAUCCAUUUGUUUUACGAUCAUUCAUAGCAUUGUACUUGGCUCUUCUUUUGAUAUUCACCCAACAUUAGGAUGUGUUCUGUCGAAUUAUGUAGCGGUUCAGUAUUCAACAUAUUUCUUUUAUCCAAUUUUAAUUGGUUUUCUACCUAUUAUAAUUGCAUCAUCGUUUAGUAUCUUAGCUUAUCAUAAUGUUCGUCAUAUAAUUCGACGACAAUUACCAAUUGUACGUCGUAAAUUAGAUAAACAAAUAACAGCAAUGAUUCUUAUACGUGUAAUAGCCUUCGUUUGUUUGUCACUACCUUAUAAUGCUUAUCGUAUCUAUGCCGUUAAUUUUCCCACACCACGAGGUAUGCCUAUGGCAUAUGCAAUUAGUCGAUUGCUUCAAACAAUUUUUCUUUCUGUCUACAUUAUAAAUUAUAUGAUCAGCUGUUAUAUUUUUAUAAUAUUCUCAACACGUUUUCGUCGUCAAGUAAAAUUUGUUCUCUUAAAAAAAUGUUGGCAACGAUGGAAAUAUUGGUGUUGCUCCAUAAAUAAUCGAAUUGAACCUGACAACAAUAUUGAAACACGCAAUUCACAAAUGGAAUCCGAAGAAAAUAUCUAA